AUGGCACGUGCUCCUGAUAAGAUUAAGUCGAUUGAUGGAUCAAAAGAAACUCUGAAACUUGCUGUAAGGAUCACUAAUCUUUGGUUCAUUGGGAUCCCCAGCAAGUCCGAACAGGUUGAAAUGGUUAUUGUUGAUUCUGAUGGAGAUGAAAUCCAUGUUGUUUGUAAACAAGAUCAGCUAAAGUCUUGGAAGGCUAAUUUGAAGGAAAGUUCUACUUAUGUCAUGCAUAAUUUUAAAGUGCUAAAGAAUGAUGGUCAAUUCAGAGUCUGUAAUCAUCCAUAUAAAUUAGCUUUUACUGGAGUUACUAUUGUUAGGCAAUCCGAUUUGGAUUCCCUUCCUUUUAGGAAAUUUAAAUUUGAUGAUUUUUCUAAUGUCAUUGCUGGUGAUUUUCAAACUGGCCUGUUGGUUGAUAUUAUUGGUGUGGUUGAUGAAGUGGUGUUCCAGCAUUUCUUAGCUUACUUGAAAGACUUUGAAGAUGUUAGGCCCAUUGUUAUCCUUUUGACACAUGCCAGAAUCAAAGAAGGGCAGGGAUCAUAUCCAACCUCAAUGAGUAAUUCUUUGAAAGCUUCAAAACUAAUGAUCGACGAACUUGUGUUGGAAAUAGAAGAGUUCAGUGAGAGGCUUUUUGAUUCAAGAAUUGAGGUCAAAUCAGUUUUGGCGCCUCCUGGCCGAACCAAUUCACAGCUUUCAGGAUCGAGUCAGUUAUCAUCGAAGAAUGCAUUUCUUUCAAGGGCUGAAGCAAAAAGCAUUUGCCAAAUUAAUGCCAUUUUGGAGGUCAUGCUCUUAUUUAUAUUCACCGUUGACCUGGGGAAUUAA